UUAUUUUGAAAAGCACCGGAAGGUCCCGCAGUUGUUCCGCGGACGUUGACGAGGAGAGAAGUUGUAGAAGAAGCAGAAAGAGAACCAUAAGCCCGGUUAGAGACGUUAAGAGUCGGUUUACCGGUGAAGCUUUGCCGGUGUGUGACGAUGGACUCUGCGGCGGCGGAGGUCGACGGCAGCGCGAUGGAGGGCGGCGGACAGAUCCUGAGGGUGUCCGCGGCGCUCAGCUGCAUCACCGGAACCUCCGUUAAAAUCUCCAAGAUCCGAGCCGGUCGCAGCUCCCCGGGGCUCAGACCCCAGCACCUGAGCGGCCUGCAGCUGGUCUCAGAUCUGUGUGGUGGCGGUCUGCAGGGAGCCUCCAUCGGCUCCACCGACAUCAGCCUGACUCCAGGGAAGAUCCAGGGUGGAGCCCACACAGCAGACCCCCAGACCGCAGGGAGUGUGUGUCUGCUGCUCCAGGUAGCCCUACCCUGUGCUCUGUACGCUGACGGUCCGUCCCAGCUGUGUCUGAAGGGAGGAACCAACGCAGAGAUGGCCCCGCAGAUAGACUACACCGUCAAGGUGUUUAAACCAAUCGUGGAGCGGUUCGGCGUCCAUUUUGACUGUGACAUCAAAAUGAGGGGUUACUACCCUAAGGGCGGGGGGGAGGUGAUGGUGACGGUGAACCCGGUCAAAGAGCUGCAGCCCGUCGUCAUGACGGAGAGAGGAAACAUCACCAAGAUCUACGGCCGCGCCUUCGUCGCCGGCGUCCUGCCGUACAAGCUUCCUGCUCUUCGUCCUCAGCUCGUCAUCUUCAUGGCGCUGGCGAAGGGAACGUCUCGGAUUCGGACCGGCGCCGUGACGCUGCACACACAGACGGCCAUCGCCAUAGCAACGCAGCUCACACAGGCCAAGUUCACGAUAACGAAGUGUGAAGACGAGCUGAGCAGCGAAGAGUCCUUCAUCAUCGAGUGUGAAGGAUCAGGAGCAGCUAACACACACCUGUAGACACACACACACACACCUGUAGACACACACACACACACCUGUAGACACACACACACACACACACCUGUAGACACACACACACACA